AUGUUAUGUCCAUGCAUUAAAUGCGGUAAUGAGGCAUGGGUUACUCAGGAGGAGGCUAGAAUGCAUCUCAUAUGCGAUGGAUUUUUAAAAGGUUAUAGAAUUACACCUUCUAUUUCCCAACCCUUUCGUCYUAUAUUGKAUACAYUCGAUGACAUGCAAGGAUUGGUGCAUGAUGCUUUUGGUAUCUUAGAUGAAAACAUACUUGAAGAUGAAAUAGACGUAGAAGAGGAAGAACCAGAUGAGCCGAAUCCAGAAGCAAAAAAGUUUUAUAAACUAUUAGAAGAUGCAGAGAAAGAACUAUAUCCUGGAUGUGAAAAAUUCUCCGUACUUUCAUUUAUCGUUAGACUAUUUCAUAGCAAGUGUAUAGAGAAAUGCAAUGACCAAGGUUUCACCAUGAUGCUUGAUACAUUGAGGGAGGCAUUCCCAAAUGCUUCUAUUCCCAAGUCAUUGUAUGAAAUGAAAAAGAUUAUAAAGGAUUUGGGUCUUAGUUAUGAGAAAAUUGAUGCAUGCCCAAAUGACUGUAUCUUGUACCGCAACGAAAAUAGUAAGAAGAUUGAAUGUGAUAUUUGUCACACAUCAAGGUAUCAACAAAGCRAAAAUGAAUCCCAAGAUAAGUCAACUACAUCCCAUAAGCAGAAGAAGAUUGCGGCAAAAGUUUUGCGCUAUUUUCCACUCAAACCAAGGUUGCAAAGGCUAUAUAUGUCUUCCAAAACUGUUGUAUCCAUGAGAUGGCAUGAGGAGAGUCGUACUAGAGAUGGUUGUUUGAGACAUCCUGCAGAUUCCCCAUCUUGGAAAACAUUUGAUUUUCAAUAUCCUGAUUUUGCCAAGGAGCCUCGAAAUGUUAGACUUGGUUUAGCAACUGAUGGGUUCAAUCCUUUUAGGACUAUGAGUGUUUCUCAUAGUACAUGGCMUGUGGUUUUAAUGCCAUAUAACUUUCCACCAUGGAUGUGCAUGAAACAACCUUAUUUUAUACUAUCAUUGCUUAUACCUGGACCCUCUGCUCCUGGAAAUAACAUAGAUGUCUAUUUAGAACCUUUAGUGGAGGAGUUAAAGGAGUUAUGGGAUGUUGGAGUGAAUACUUAUGAUGCAUCAACCAAGAAUAACUUUCAAAUGCAUGCCUCUUUGUUGUGGACCAUAAGUGACUUUCCUGCUUAUGCUAAUUUAUCUGGGUGGAGCACUAAAGGUCAACUAGCAUGUCCUUGUUGCCAUAAGCAUACAAAAUCACAACAACUAAAGCAUGGAGGAAAAUAUUGUUACAUGGGGCAUCGUUGA